AUGUGGUACCUGAUCCUGGUGGCCUUUGGGCAUGCCUCGUCCCCCGCAAACUGUCGGGAUGCUCCACUGGUGCAGCUGCGCAGGGCAUUGCCAGACAUGCCCGGCGAGUUGGGAGCACAGCGAGAAUGUGGCCCAGAUGACCUGGGUUGCAUGGCACGGCAACAGGCUUGCUCUUUAGCCACACAGAUGGCAUCGGACUGGCCGUUACAGUACGCAAGCAUGAAGCAGAUCUACGGCCAGUUGGUAGAUAUCUGUGCUGGAUGCCCAUUGAAUGUCACUGACCCAGCAGAGGAAUUCGAUGCCCCCGAGAUAACCUCUGGGCGGUCAGCAGUUUCCGAGAAAUAUGAGUGUGGUGACCCGGCCUCCUGCACUAUCGAUGUCAUCAAGUAUGAAAGCGAUCAUCCCGGAGCUAAGUAUGGAAUGAAAGCUGCCCAGGUUUCAGCAAGAUUUGGGACAGACGUCCUCAAAGAGAUUCUCAAGGAUGCGAAGUUGAUCGCCCUCAAGAGCCUUAUAGCUUUUUCUUUCGUAGGGUCCCUCCUCGGCGCAUUCUUUCCGAGCCUCGGUGGACUCCCAGUGAAUCCCUGCACCUUUGCAGAAUCAGAGGAUUGGGGCCGCUGUGUUUGGGAGCAGGUGAAGCCGUUUGUCCAAGAAUUUGUAGAGGACCAGUUGGAGGACGUCUUCGGGGACCUCUGGGAUGCGACCAUCAAGGGCUACAAGACAAGACUGUGGGCCGUGAAUGAGACAGUUUACCACAAUUCCCAGCUUUAUCCUAAUGGGACCAUCAAAGAAAUCUCGAACGCAACCAGGGACAGGAUGUACGAUGACCUCCACGAAGUGCACGAUGCUAUGCUCGGUAGCAUCGAGCUCUUUCUGACAGAUCGUGCCAUCAAAACCACAGCGGGAGCUUACCUGUCCCAGUUUGCCUCCUUGCAUGUCAGUGUGAUGACAAACCUCUUGGGAUCCUUGAAAUACCGCACCAAAGGCGACCGCUACGUCUUCCAGACUGUUUCGGCAUGUUAUGCCCAGAGGGUUUAUGAACGUGCCACAGCUGCUCUCAAAUCCCGAAUAUCUGCUCUGGAGGUGCAUGAAGAGGACCAGGGCACCGGGGAAUGCUGUCUGUUCUACCGCCCCUGCCCAAAAUGCCGGCUUCAGUCAGGUACGUUUAAGGACAGCUGGAAGCUCUCCUGUGGCUGGAAGAACUCAGGAUAUCGCACCCACUGUCUGGGACCCCGGUGCGUCAUGAGCCCUGUCCCCUCUGCGAAGCGUCGGUCUCGAAAGUGUUACCAGCGUCAUCGUGAAGAGGUGGAGAGGCAAGCUGUCAGCUUUUGGCAGAACUGGCUUGCUCCCAUUCCCAUAUGGUUGGACG